UCCUCUUUCUCUGCGGAGUCUCCAAAGUAUCUGGUUACACCUCCGAUAAUCAUCUGAACUCCAGUGCCAGCUAAGACCCGGUACGUUACCCGACUCUGCGCAUGGAAACGGGACCUUUUGUGCUCAGCAAUGUACUUAUCUGUGCUUCGUUGUUUCUGAUCGUUUGACUGUUUACUUGUGGGACACCCGAAAAUUCGGCAAAAACAUCCGUUUCAUGGAUCCGGCGGCGAUGGGCAGUGGAAACAACACUCUGUGGGACACCAUGCUGAAUGGGCACCCCGUGUGCAACGACUGGAAGCGGGACGUGGAGGGAGCGGUGUACCACCUGGCUAAUAUUUUUCUAGUCUUGGGCUUUAUGGGGGGCAGCGGCUUUUACGGGUUGCUCUAUCUAUUCUUCUUCCUGGCACUGGGUUUUCUCUGCUCAUCCAUCUGGGCUUGGCUGGACGCUUGUGCCGCUGAUAUAUUUUCUUGGAAUUUCACGCUGCUAGUGAUCAGCGCUGUGCAGAUCGUCCACGUCGCCUACCAGCUCCGCAGCGUUUCUUUCGAGCAGGACUUCCAGGAGCUCUAUGCGCGCCUCUUCCAGCAGCUUGGGAUACCCCUUACGGUCUACAGAAAGAUCGUGGCGUGCUGUGACGGCGAAGUGAGCACUCUGGAAAAGGAUCACUGCUACGCAAUGGAAGGGAAAACUCCCAUUGAAAAACUCUCGAUCCUGCUGUCAGGAAGAAUCCGCGUGACAGUCAAUGGCGAGUUUUUGCAUCACAUUUACCCGUAUCAGUUCCUGGACUCUCCCGAGUGGGACUCUCUACGGCCAUCGGAGGAAGGCAUAUUCCAGGUGACUCUACGAGCAGAUACACCCUGCCGUUACGUGGGCUGGCGGCGUAAGAAACUGUACUUGCUUUUCGCGAAGCACCGCUACAUCUCCAAACUAUUCUCAGUGCUCAUCGGCAAUGACAUCGCAGAGAAGCUCAUCUCUCUGAACGACAAGGUUUUUGAGCGGGACGGAGUCCGAUAUGAUCUCAGGUUACCCAGCUUCUGUCACGCGCGCCUUCCCGAUUUAGAGCGCGCCUCGACUCCCGUCACUCCCCGCGGCACUUCGAGACAAAGUUGAAGCAGACACAUAGAGCUCGCCGGCGCCCUUGACUUACUCGCAUUUAGAUGCCAAAGCGAAUUUCGUAAGUGCCAUCAGAGUUCUCACACGGACAUUAGUUGUUUAAGGCGCAUGCCUUAAAGUGUAAUGUACUUAUUUCUUUUAAAUGUCUUUUUUGGGAAGGUAAACUCAUCAUGCAACUUUAACAAAUCUUGGAUAUUCAGGAGCAGAGUGGCUGCUUACAUUUUUGUACUUACCGGUUAGUCUUUGGACACAAAUGUUUCUGAUAUUAGAAACUCUUCUGAGUCAGAUUUCACCGUUAAUACAAAUGGUGUUAUCUCCACUACUUUCUUUUUACGGCUUACUUACAUGGAUAACCUAACGAACUAAGCAAAUUAGUGCCUUUACUUGGGUCUGGAACUGUCUGUAGCGUCCAGAGAUUUUUUUUUCACGUGGUACGUUGAUCGAUACUUAAUGAUAAAUUAUUGUUCUUUAUUUUAAAUAGAGGGAAAUUUGUAGUAAUUGACCUUCCUAGGGAACUCCUACCGACGUAAUAAAUAAACAACUAUGUGUGGUGUUAAGGUUAUUUAUUUAGUCACGUGAACUUGGACUUAAGAGGGAUUAAAAACUUUCCUAGUGUCUUAAUAAAUGCUGGACAAAAAUACCUGAAUUUGGCUAAGCAAGAUCGUGACUAAAAUGUGUUCUGAUGGCAAGGAAGACAGAAGGUCUUGUUUCAUAAUUGCAUUUGCUGCCAGUUGCUGGCUGAAACAUAGCCUGCUCUGUUGUGCACUGCAGUGUAGCCACAGUAUGUGUGAGUCAGAAGCCUGUUCCAGCAUUUAUUAUUUAUAUCUCUGCUGGGAAAACACUAAAGCAUGUGGACCAUCUCAUCAAGUCAGCUUGCCCACCAAGCUAAAAUUGUCUUGUUUUUCCACCAGUAUAAUUAACUGGAUUUUUUUAUUGCCUUCAGCAGGGUUGCUGAGAGGCUGAGACACCUGUUUGCACCUUUUCUGUUCAUCAUAAAUAAGAAACAACAGGUCAGUUCUCAUUAACAGGAUGUCAGAGAAGCUCUUUGUGGAAUUGAGCAGCCACUAGUGAAUCAGAUGUGUCAGCAACACAUCUGAGGCCGUUAAAAUGUCCUAAAAUAAGCAAAAAGAAAGAAAAAAAAAAAAAAACUUUCUGACACAGAAAAUUACACUGGGGCUCUUGUUGGUCUUAUAAUUGUGUGAUUUAUGUAUUUUCAAUUUUAUUUUUGUCUUUUCUUGUUUUAAUUACACUAUUUAUGUUGUGUUUAUGUUGUAAUACAAUUGUUGUGUGAGUGGCAGUAUCCAAAUGUAUUCCACAUUUAAAAGUUAUUUAUCUUAAAUGUUAUAGAAUACUAAAAUAUCUAAUAGAGCUUUACUAGUUUUGUGAAAUGUUCUCCUGCAGAUAAGCAAAACUGUUAUGUCUUCUGAUCCAUGGAAUGAAAUAUUUCCCUAGAGGAUUUGAGUCUAGCUUCCUUAGUCAUCUUUACUGCCAAAUAGCAUGUCGUUUUGUGAUUUAAAAUAUGGUGUUUCAAAGGCAAGAGCACCUAAGUUAUGAAAAUAUUUAAGGCUAGCCCACACACUAUAUUACUGUCAUAAUGGUUGAAAUCAAUUUUGACACCUCACUUUAGUCAAUACCACCUAGAGAAAAUGUUUACUAAUUGCCUCAGCUGUGAUCGUACUUUUCAUUUAAAAAUACAGCAUCAGGAAGCAAGAAUAAAUAUCACAUUUUAAAUUAAUCUUCCUGUGCAUUAAAACAUAGGCAACAGACUAUCACAAUGGUUAGUGCUACUGCUCUAGGGAUCCAGCACCUUGGGUUCAAAUUCCCUGUCCUGUUGUUGCCUGUGUGGAGUUUACAUAUUUUUCCUGUGUUGGUGUAGUUUAUCCUGGACACUCUGGUUUUCCUUCAGUUUCACCAAAUAGAUACUGGUUAGAUUAAAUGGUGUGUCCAAACAGGCUCCAGUGUGAGGCUUCAGUGUCUGUGAGUUUGCCCUACAGCCUGUGCAGGGCUGUUUCAAACUUUGUGCCCAGUGAUCCAGGGAAAGGCUUUGGCUUCCCACCAAGGCACUAAAAUAAAUGAAGAGUUUUUAAAAAUAACUAACUAAAUAAUGUUAACAUUUAAUGUAACAGACUAUUAUUUGAGUUUGGCAUGAUGACACAGUGUAUAUAACAUUACUAUCUCACAAUCCCAGAAGAUCGGAUUUGAGUCCUGGCCCGCUCACUUUGUGGAGUAUGCAUGUUGUGUCUGUAUUAGCAUUACCUAUUGCUCCAAGAAUCCCUGUUUUUUUCUCCACCUCCUAAAGACAUGCAGGUCCUAUGAGUGAUUGUGUCUUGCAGUGGACUGUUGGCUCUUCCUGUGGGUGUCUCUUGCCUUGUAUCGGAUGAUACUAGAAAAAAUAAAAGUAUGUUUCCUUACAUAAAAAAUAAAACAUUGCUGUAUUUAUAAUUAUUUGUACAGAAAGGCCAAACUGAUAUAUACUACAAACUUGUUUUGUUAAAUGUUAAUAUUGCUGUGCAUAACUGUAGGAAUUAAUUAUUUUUAAAUAGAAAUUUCAAAAUGCUAUUAUUCAUUCAUCCAUCAAUCCAUUUUUUAUACCCUCUUUUUCUAAUGUAAGGUUGAUGGGAGUAGGAACCUGUCCCAGUAGCAUGUGACACAAAAUGGAAACCAGCUAUUGAUGAGACAGCAGUCUAUUGCAAGCUACCCUUACAUGCAUUCCCACAGUCACUCAUACAAAGGCAAAUUUUCAGCAACCAAUAAACCUAACAUGUUUGUUCUUGUGAUAUGAGAGGAAAACUGGAAUACUUCUAGAAGAACAAAUGUAGCCAUAGCGAGAAUGUGCAAACUCUACAAUUAUAAAUACUGGGAACUAGAUCAGUCAUCCUGCAGUUGUGAGGCACCAGCACUAUAUACUGUAUCACUCUCUGAAAAUUCCAUUUAAUCAUCCAUCCAUUUUCUCUCCUUUGUGCCUAGUUCUAGGGUGCAGAGAACUGGUGCUUUUCCUGGCAGCAUUUAUCAGAGGAUCGGAGUGGGGAAUGAUCCAGCCAUGAAUGAAAUGCAGUUCAUGUCAGGACACAAACACCUCAACAGGGCCAGUUAAGAGUUGCCAAUUACAUUUGACAAAUAUCAUAGUAACCAUGAGGAGGUGCAGCAGGAAAUGGUGAUCUACAGUUUUUUUUUCAUUUCAUAAUCCACUAUAAUUUAACUAACUACAGCAGGAAUAUUGAUGUGUCAUUCAUACACCUGGGUAAAACUCUGCUUGAAGCUGCACAUCAUUUGGCCGUGUUAAUUGAAAAAAAUUUCUUUCAACAUAGACGGUCAGCAUUAUACAGUGGCAUCCUUCCCUCAGCACCUUCAGAAGUUAACUAUUUAUAAUGUAAAAUGUGCAUAUUUGAUUUAAGCAAUGGGGCAUAUUGGUGAAAUCUGAAAUGAAGAACAAAUGUUAAUUUUGGUGACAAAUAAUCUGUACAAUAAGUACAGUAGUAAAUGUGCGAGAAAAUGGAGCGUUGAGACAGACUGAUAAUAUCCAUAGGAUUGUAUAAGCCAGGUUGAAAUGAAGGCAGAUAUGCUGAAUAUUUUUUAUUUACUUAUCCAUCCUGUGAUCUGGACCAAUGUGGAAGGCCAUUUUGGCAGGUUUUCAUUGAAUCGCAUCUUUGAAUUAGUGGCUGAUGUUGGGUUCUUAUCAAUGUCUUUGUUUAAUUUGGCAACUUGCUUUCCUGAUGCUGCACUUUUGCAAACAUAGUUGAAUUAAGGUCUCCAUUUUACUAAGAUAUUUAGUAAACUCAAGUUGUGUUCACAGAACUGGUUUGUUUGAUAUGGUCCUCUGUCUGAAUGGUUCUUAAAUGGUCAUUGCAUUCCAGCAAAUAAACAAAGAGCAAAUAACAACUCCUGCAGAGGAGUAGCUAAUCCAUUUCCCGACCACCCCCAAAGGUUCUGUGUGUUGCAGAUUGACUAUAAUUCGGUACAGUAAAGAUAAUAUCACAUUAUGUGACUUCAAGUCAUAGGGUAUGUCAGUUUUGCAGAGCACUGCAAAAGGGAGUUCUGCUGCAAUUUCUGUCCUUUUCUUCUUUUUUACAUUCUCUGGUGGUAUGUAAAACACAAGAUAUCGGACAGAUGAUCCUUCUUUUCUGUUUGUGAGGUUCAAAGUCCCCAUGUUCCUCAUUCCUCGCUAAUGCAUUAUACUUCCUAGUGUGUAUUCAUUAGUUGUCAGCUGUCAUACACACAGAGCCUACCCCAAUGACUAAAGACAAAAUCAAACCUGUUGUUUUUAAUCAGAGCAGGCCGUAGAUUAGUGACACGGAGGACAUGUCACAUUAAGUGAGCAACUUAAUGGGAACACACAACUGACUGCCUCUGUCUCACAAAGGAUAUUUAAGUGGAGGCUAUGACUGAAUGCCUCUGAAAAGGUAAUGUCAUGUGAAAUAACCUUAAAAGUACCAGCAGAGCAAUAAAGCAGUUAGGUUGGUAUGUUCAUUGAUCAACUAUCACAACAUUAAUUAUGCUAACAUAGUAAGAUUUGUGAAUUCAAACAUGGGGUGUCACACUUUCACAACAAUUUAUAAUGGUGAAUUAUAAUUGGAAAAUAUGGAGUUUGUUUGCCAGUUUGACCAUUGUCUGUGUAGAGUUUCCAUGUUUUUUCCAAUAUCUAUCUGAGUUUUUUCUGGGUACUCCUAUUUAAUCCCACUUAUUAAACACAUGCAGGUUAUAUUGUUUUCCUUGACUUUAAGUUAUUGGGGUUGUGGCCAUGUGCAUAAGUAUGUCCUACCAGCAAUUGGUACCCCAUCAAUCACUCUGAAAUCCUGUGUGCACCUAACAUAACAUCGUCAAACCCACUUAUUCCAGUUUAGAGUCAAAAGGAUCAAAGCCUAUUUUGGUAGUGUCAGGCAGAAACAAUCUGUGAAUUAUGUUUUAGUUUAUCACAGGGCCCUCUCUGGCAUACAUCCUGCCAACAUCCUUCACUGCAUAUAGGGCAUCCAAUUCACUUAACAUGCAAAGCUUUAGGGGCUCUGGAAAGAAAUAUCCAACACAGACAAGGGGAGAACAUGCAAACUCCACCUGGAGAAAGAUUGGGUAUGGCAUUUGAUGUUGGAUCAGUAAGGCUGCAGCACCUACCACUGUGCCAUCAUUAUUAGUAAAAUAUAGAUAUUAGUGAAAACAAUUUUAUAUAUCCCAGUACUUUCAAAUUUAUUUAAAUACUUAAGGUAUAAUAUACAUAUAAAAACACUAACCAAACAUUGUGUUUCAUCAACUUAUACCCUCCCUGAUGUUAUGUAGUGAAAUAUGUUUGUAAGUGGUCACAUUGCUUAAUGUCUCCACGUUUUCACCUUGGACUGCUACACCUCUAAGCUUUUUGAUAAGCAUAUGAACUUGGAUCUUGUUAAUCCAUAAAUACAAAGAUAUGGGUAUAGUAAAACUGUGUACUUGAAAAUCAUACCACAGGGUGUUAUUUCUGAAGUGCAUCAAUUUUAAAUCAUCAGCACAUUUAUGAUAUGUAAUAUUUUGAAUCAUUUAGUUGUUUUCACAUCUUAUUAGUUACUUUAAAGGUCCUUAAUGUUUACAUGAAAAACUACUCAUACUAAAAUUACUUAUUUUUGAUGAAUCUCUGAACAAAGAGAUGCAGAUGAUGGUGGCAUGUUUAAUUAAUGUCAAGAGCAUUGUAUUUAUAGCUAAAAUGAAAUCCAAGGUCUGAAUGGAAAUAAAGUCAAACCAUUUAUCAA